GUGGUGGACUUGUGAUGGUUAAUACAGUCAACUUGAUUGGAUUAAAGGAUGCAAAGUAUUGAUCCUGAGUGUGUCUGUAAGAGUGUUACCAAAGGAGAUUAACAUUUGAGUCAGUGGGCUGGGAAAAGCAGACCCACCCUUAAUCUGGGUGGGCACCAUCUAAUCAGCUGCCAUCAUGACCAGAAUAUAAAGCAGGCAGAAAAACGUGAAAAGACUAGACUGGCUUAGCCUCCCAGCCUACAGCUUUCUCCCAUGUUGGAUGCUUCCUGUCCUUAAACAUUGGACUCCAAGUUCUUCAGCUUUGAAACUCGACUGGCUUCCUUUCUCCUCAGCUUGCAUAUGGCCUAUUCUGGGACCUUGUGAUCAUAUUCCCUCCUUUGAAUGGGAUAGGUAGAGUAGAUUGGAAGAAAUAUAUUCCGAGGCUCUCUAAUAGUUUCUGGAUGAUUACCCUUCAUGAAAAUAACCUCACAGGUAAGUAAUUACGAUUUUUCAGCCCAUUUCUAUAAACUAGGUAAGUAAACUUUUUUUCUAGUGAACAUAACUUGGUAUAUUAGUGACUGUAGAAAGUCUUUCUACAGCAGCAGGAAUUAUAUCAAGGCUUUUGCAAAUUCCUGGCAACUCCGGGAAUGUUUAAGUUCUACUACUCAUCUGUUCUGACUACAUUUUCAUUUCAUCUGAUGGAAUAAGCAGUUCAUCUCCUUUCCUAGAACUUUUAGUGCUCUACUGUCCCCCUCACUUUAGUUAAGGUCUGCCAUGUCCUCCUCUCCGACAGUCCUUGACUUUCCCAAUGGCAUAUUCAUCUGCUCAAACAGAUGUCACUGCAAAACAAAACAAGCUUUUAACAAAAAGCAAUGUUUGCAUAUUUGGGGCUUUUUGUAUGACAAUAUUGCACGUUUCCUCAGAAGAAUUCACGGAGAUUCUUUAAGGUUGGGGGUUUAAUCUAUUGAUAUUUUCCUUAGGUAGACAAAGACAACCUCUAAGCGCGCUCCGUUAAUCUUUAACCACUACAUCAUCGUCACCCAGGCACUAAGACAUAACUAGGGCAUAAUGAGUUUUAUUUCCACCAGACGCGCCUAGUAACUACCAGGUUCCACGCUCCCAGGUGGCCGACAUGUGUUGUGCUCUACUGUUUGGGCUGGGGAUAUUAGCCCAACAAACUCUGGCCACAAGGAUCACGCGGAUAUUCUUGGGGACUUGGGGAUGCCCAGCGAAAUGAGCUGUGCCUAGGCCUCGAACUCUCCCCUGCUCUCCGGUGGGCAGCCUCGAACUCCAGCCUGCUCUCCGGCAGCCCACAGCAAUGCGCCUGCCAAGACCUUAGGCUGCAAAACUCAGCGCGGCCCAGAGCUCGCCUCCAAGUGCGCCCCGCACAGCGCAGGCUUUCGGCGAUGACUCGCGUCCCACCCAUCUAGCCCUGCCCGCUGUCCCAACUCCCGCAGUUCACAGAGGCGGCGGCGGUGAGCGCAGCCGAUGCCACAUCCCCAGCGGCAAGCUGAGGGAACCUGUCUCCUCUCUGGGGCGACCAAACGAUACGUCGAUGCCGGAACCGACCCGACGCCGGAGCCCGGCGACGUCCUUACCGUCGCUCUCCAGUUUGGGGCGGGUCGGGGGAAUGGCUGAGGAGAUGGAGUCGUCGCUCGAGGCAAGCUUUUCGUCCAGCGGGGCAGUGUCAGGGGCCUCAGGGUUUUUGCCUCCUGCCCGCUCCCGCAUCUUCAAGAUAAUCGUGAUCGGCGACUCCAAUGUGGGCAAGACAUGCCUGACCUACCGCUUCUGCGCUGGCCGCUUCCCCGACCGCACCGAGGCCACGAUAGGGGUGGAUUUCCGAGAACGAGCGGUGGAGAUUGAUGGGGAGCGCAUCAAGAUCCAGCUAUGGGACACAGCAGGACAAGAACGAUUCAGAAAGAGCAUGGUUCAGCACUACUACAGAAAUGUACAUGCUGUUGUCUUCGUGUAUGAUAUGACCAACAUGGCUAGUUUUCAUAGCCUACCAUCUUGGAUAGAAGAAUGCAAACAACAUUUGUUAGCCAGUGAUAUACCACGGAUUCUUGUUGGAAAUAAAUGUGACUUGAGAAGUGCCAUUCAGGUACCCACAGACUUGGCACAAAAAUUUGCUGACACACACAGUAUGCCUUUGUUUGAAACGUCUGCUAAAAACCCCAAUGAUAAUGACCACGUGGAAGCUAUAUUUAUGACCUUGGCUCAUAAGCUUAAGAGCCACAAACCAUUAAUGCUUAGUCAACCCCCUGAUAAUGGAAUUAUCCUGAAGCCUGAACCAAAGCCUGCAAUGACUUGCUGGUGCUAAAUAACAGUCUAUAUUAUCUAAUUUUGACUAAAGAAAUACUUUUGAAGUAUGACAGUAAUAAGUCAUAAGAUUUAAUCUCAACUAUAAUGGGUCAUCUUGACACUUUGCUGUUUGUCAUUGCCACGCUUUUGUAUUUUGUAUCUACUUAAGUUUGUCACUGUGACAACACAGGAAAAGUUGGUUUUCAGGUGAGAUUGAAAAUGAGGCAAAGAUAGGAUGAAUUUCAACAUCUCUCCAUCUAGAGCCCAAUGAAGGAAGCUUCAAGUGAGAACAUGAUGGAAUUAAAAGAAUCAGUAACCGUUCAAUCUUUUGUCCUAGGAUUGGAAAAAAAAUGUUAAAGGUUUAGGACACACCUAAUAGUAUGUCCUUUCAAUGGGAAGUGUUCUUAAUAGGAUAAAAACUGGUAUUUGCCUCUCCCCAGAGUACUUUGUUUUUUGGUAGAGACGGGGUCUUGCUAUGUUGCCCAGGCUGGCCUUGAGCUCCUGGACUCAAGCAAUCCUCCCACCUCAGCCUCCCCAGUACCGGGACUCUAGGUACUCACCACUGCAUCUGGCCUUUCUUUAUUUUAUUAACAUAUUUAGUUUUGUUAUUAUUGGUAUGUUUUAGAGCCAAGACUUUAGUUCCAGUGGGAUAAGAAGGCAUAGAAUGUUUUCUGGUUCCCAGUCCAUAAAGAAUGACUUUUCCAAGAGUUCUAGAUGUUUGAUUUUCUACUUAAUACUUAUCAGAUCUACAAAAAUCAUUAUUAUUUUUAAAAGAGUUAUUUGAGUUUCUUUCUUUUUUUUUUUUUUGAGAUGGAAUCUCGCUCUGUCUCCAGGCUGGAGUGCAGUGGCACGAUCUUGGCUCACUGCAACCUCCGCCUCCCAGGUUGAAGUGAUUGUCCUGCCUCAGCCUCCCGAGUAGCUGAGAUUACAGGCGUGCACUACCACGCCCAGCUGAUUUUUGUAUUUUUAGUAUAGAUGGGGUUUCACCAUGUUGGCCAGGAUGAUCUCUAUCUCUUGACCUCAUGAUCCACCCACCUCAGCUUCCCAAAGUGCUGGGAUUACAGGUGUGAGCCACCGCACCCAGCAGAGUUGCUUUCUUACUAAAUCCUAUUAAAAUAUGCACAAAUAAGUCAGAUUUUAAGGCAAAUAAAGUGACAUAAGGUGCUUUAUUUUAUUUUAGUGUAUUUAAACAGUGAAAAACUAACUGAAAGCAUAUGAAGAGUUGUAACUUGGGGGAAAAUAGGUAAACAUAGCUUCUAGCUAACACAGGAGACCUAUUCUUAGCCUUUACUAAUUUCAAGCAGUGUAUCUGGUAUGGUAUCUCUUGCUCUCCCUUCAACUCCAAUAAAUUUAAUGACUAAAUGCCAAGUUAACAAAUCACCUUCCAUUUGGAUUGUAGCUGUGAAGGCACAACUCUAAUUGCUAUUAGUCUACAUGUAUUUCUAUAAUAGUAUUGUGUCGUAUCAGUUUUUAAGAUGUCUAAAUUUUAUGGUCACAACAAGUUAUCCCUCCUCAGUAUGAAAAAUAAAUUAGAUAUUGAAAAAUGUCUAUCCUUCAGUGAUGGAAAGAAUAUUUCAAGAAGUUUUUUAACCUAAAUACUUUUAUUUUGAAUUUAAGUCUUUGCACAUAAAAUAUAGCAAGCUUACAUAUUAAACUAUUUACGUAAAUGGAAUGUAAGCCAUGACUUUAACUGAAGUGUUCACAUUCACUAAUUUUGAUAGAUUGCUGUCCUUAAUAAUUUUGGAGGAAAUUAAGCCAAACGAUUAUUGUACUUACAAUAUUUUCAGAAUGUGGGAAAUCAAUUAAAAAUGUAGUCUAAUCUAGUUUAAGAUUUUUGUUUAAUCAUCAUGGUGGUCCUAACUGGAUAAUUUAAAGACAAAGUAAUUCUAUUAAAUGAACUAACUGAAAAUAAUAAUUAUAGGAAGUGAUUAUUCCAUUUUAAGUAUUAGAGCUCAAAUUGGCUUUAUUUGCAUUUAGGGAGAUCAUUUUUCUUAAUCAUGCUGGAAUUAAAAACUAAAAAUUGUUUUACUUGUAUCGAAAUUAACCUUGAUUUAUAACUAUUUUUGUAAUAAAACAAUGACAGCUGUAGUAACUAUGAUGGGUGUAACAACUUUUUUUUAAAGAAGGGAAUCUGUUUAUCGCUUUUCAAAAUAUUUUCUAAAGUGGGGGAAGAAAGUUUAUAGACUUUCCAAGCACAUUUAUGGUUUUUUAUUACUGUUAUUAUGGUUUUAAAAAGAGUAACUUUAUUUCUUUUUGUAAGGAAUUAGUAGUAUCAUUUACAGUUCUGUGAAAGGACUUAUUUUUUAACUUUAAUAUUUAUUAGUUUUAAAAUAUUUGUAUCUCAUUUGUAACAAUUUGUUUUAAUUUUUUAUAUGUAUGUUUUUAUUUUUAAAAAACAUACCAGUUGAAUGGGGUUAAAGCUUUCAAUAUCUUAAAAUAUUUAUAAAACAUUUUCACUGUUGCAAAAUCACUUCCAAAAUGAUAGCUACCUAACAACUAAUUACUAAUUUUUAAAGAACAAAUCACACAUUUUAAAAAUCUGUAGAAUUUAUUUUAACUAUGACAUUUAAUUGAAAAUAAAUAAUUAAAAUAUCAGACAUGUUUUGGAAAAGUCUUAAUUUGAGAACAUCAAAGGAAACUACCCCAGAAUCUAAUGUAGUUAGCUAUUAAUAACAAUGCAUUAUUGGAAGUAUAUUGCAAAUACAUGUUUCCUUAUGAAAUCUAAAUAAUUUUGUUGUGGAAUAGUGUCACUGGUACAUUUCCCCCAUGAAGUUCAAUAAACCAGCUUAGCCACAAAGAAA